AUGGAUAAAGGUGCCAAGACCGCGCCGCCACCAAGCACACCCGUACGCCCAAAAAAGAGCAAGUCGAAAGCGAAGUCCAGAAUUGCACCAACACAGAUGACGCAAAUACCGACACCCGAACCAACCCCAGAGCCUGACGAUGUUUACUCUGCGUACGUCUCUCCGCUUCUGUCUCUCAGCUAUGGAAAGAAGAUUGUACCGUUCGAGCAAUGGUCAUCAGAGCUCCAACCACAUUUCCAGAUCACCAAGAUCGCGGAAGCCUCCUUCUCAGAAGUGUACCGUCUCUCAGCCACAACCACCUCACCAGAUGGCAUUACUCAGGAGUCUGUGCUGAAACUCAUCGGCUUGAAGACCCCGCCAGACGCCCCACUCCCCAGCCAGACACAAGCCCGUGCAGUCCGAGACCGAAACGGCCAAUUGGAAAAGGAACUAGAAGAACGAGAAGAGAAAGACGCAUUCAAAUCUCACGUUGCCGACGUCCUCUCUGAAGUCCGCCUCCUACAAAACCUCACUUCAAUCCCAGGCUUCACCAUCUUCCGCGACUUAACAAUCCUGCAAGGCCGGUCAUCCUCUCUCUUCAACGCCGCAUGGACAAAAUGGAACAAGGCUCGCCCCCGCGGCAAGAAGAGCUACUUCCCCGACCCCAGCAAAAAAGCCAGUUACGAUAGCACACAACUCUGGGCCGUUGUAGAGAUGCAGGACGCGGGCACGGACGUGGAGAAACUGAUGGAGAACGGCGGAUUAGCGAGUGUUUGGGCAGUCUGGGAUGUGUUUUGGGGGGUUUGCGCGAGCGUGGCCAAGGCAGAGGAGGUUUGUGGAUUUGAGCACCGAGAUCUGCAUCUAGGAAAUAUUUGUGUCCGGUCGAGCAGGCCAGAUGCGGAUGUCCAGAGUCCCGAGGUUGAGGAACCAUUAAAGCGCAAAAUGGGGUUCACAGGGUUGGAGACGACGGUCAUUGAUUAUACGUUGUCGCGCGCAGAGAUUGUUGCAUCGUCGUCGCAACGGCCUACACCCUCAUCCUCUACACUCGACGUCGCAUAUCUCGAUCUCGACAAAGAUCCCGCGCUCUUCCAAGGCGACGCGCAGGAAGAAUACCAAUACGAGAUUUACCGCUACAUGCGUGGUGUCGCCCUAUACGACAACCCUUUACAACAAGAACCCACACCAACCGUACAGGCACCACGCCGCUCCCCAAGAAAAAACACACAUAUUCGCUUCGAAGAAACAGCGACAAUACCAGAUUCAGAAGAUGAGGCAGAGGCAAAGGUCGACGUAUGGAGAUCGUUCCACCCCCGCACAAAUCUCGUGUGGGCGCACUUUCUACUUCACAAGUUGCUUGCCCAUCUCGAAACUAUGAACGCCAUUCCCACUGCGUCUUCUUCCAAACACAGCUCUGAGUCUGCAAACGAGGAUGAUGAAAAGAUAAGCAAGAAGGCGACGAAACUGUACAAGAUUCUGGUACAUGUUAGCGAACUGCUAUGCCCCAUGGCUUUGGGGGGAGAGGGCAGUCUGGGGGGCGUGAAGGAGUUGGUGGUUUUGGCUAUCGAGGAGCGGUGGUUGAGGGUUGGGGACGUGAGGGGGUGA